AUGGUAUCAAUAACAAUGCUUGAUAAAACAUUAAGUGAUCUACGCCGUGAAAUAAUUGAUCUUCAACAGACAAAUAUUUCACCUAAUUAUGAUACAAAUAAAUUAUAUUCAAUAAUAAAUAUUUCAAGAGAUUCUUUAAAAGAAACAGAAAAAUUUCAACAACAAAUUUUAAAUCAAUUACAACAAUUUGAAAAUUCAUUGGCAGAUAUCAAUCAAAUCUUACGAAAUAAUAUUGAACAAAAAUUACAACUUCAACAUCAACAGCAAUCAAGUGAUGAUAUUGAAAUUCGAGCUAAAUUAAUGGCAUUGAAUGCAGAAGCAUUAGAAUGUCGUGCAGUAGCUGUACAAUUACAACAAGAGGCAAGAAUGGUAUUAUCUAAAGCAGCUGAAAUCGAGAAACUUGCUAAUGAUGAAUUAGAUCAACAAAAACUUGAAAUGAAAGAAAAACAACAAGAAAAAGAACGAAAUCGUGCUGCAGAACUUGAACGACGUGUAAAAUUAGAAGAAGAACGUCAACGAUUAAAAGAACUUCAACAACAACAAGAACGUAUAUUAGCAAUGACUAAAAUUCCAUUACAUGAAGAUGAAUAUACGAAUUGGUCAAUACGCGAAUUUAUGUAUAAUGAUCAAAAUCCACCUUGUAUUAUUCGAACUUCACCGAAUGAUUUAUCAAUGCCAAUUGAUAUAACAUAUAUAGAUAUUGCUGAAACUGAACAUCUACUUGAUAAUCAAGAAGAACUUAUUAGUACACCAUUAAGAGUCAAAUUCAAUUCAGUUGAAUCUAAACAGCAACUUAUAAUACUUGCUAUUCCUUAUAUUAUAAAACGAUCAUUACAUCGAGAAAAUAUUAUUAAAAUUCGUCAAUCAAAUGGUGUAUGGUUAUCAACUGAAACAAAUGAAUCCAGUUUUGAUUCAUAUAAAGAUAAACAUUUUGUUGAAUGUAAAUUAAAUAAAUCUUCCAUAUGUGCAGUAGUAUCACGUUUAAAACGUGAUACAAUUUUUAUAGAAAAUCAAACAUCUGAUCGAUAUGUAUCAAGUGCUGAUCCGCGUUUUACACUUCAAUGGCCUGAAAAUGUUUCGAAAAAUAAUUUUUAUAUUCGUACUUGUAUUCAACCAGUUGAUUUACCUACAUUUACACAAUUUUGUCAACGUUUUAUACAUGAAUGUCGAGGUUUAUUAGCUGUUGGUCCUAUCAUUGAACUUAACUAUGAUGAUAUUAACUUACUUAAACCAAUUCAAUUUACAUUACCAAUUUUAGUACAACCGAAAAAGAAAACUCUACCAUCAAAAACAACACAAAUGUCAAUGGAUGUAGAAAAUACUACUCAAGAAUCUCAACAAGAUAUCAUCGCUCAACAACAACAAUUAAUUUUUAAAUCAAUGCUUGGCGAAAAUUUAAGUAAUGAACGACUGAUUCUACUUUAUUCGAAUUCUAAUGAAAAUGUGUGGCAUAUUGAUACAGAUAUUCGUUUAAUUGAUUCAAAACUUCAUGAUAUUAUUACAACUGAUAUACAAUAUUUACAUAGUCGAAUGAUAGUUGUUCGAUAUGAUAAACAAUUAAUGUCAUUGAAACAAUUACAAACAACACUUAGUUUAUUUGAACAAACACUUAAUCAACGUUCGGCUACAUUAAUUCUUCGUCAUCGGUCAUUAAUUCCAAAUGAAAUAUGUCUUACAUGUUGUUCAACUCAGCGAAUAGAUACGAUUGAUAAUGAUAUAAAAAAAGAAAAUUAUACGAAUAAUGAUGAACAAAUUAAAGAAAUUAUUUUACAAGAAGGUCAAUUAUUAGAGCUACGUUUUCGUGGAAAUGUUUUACCUAUUAAUAUUAUUCAACAUUCAACAAUUCCAUUUGCAUUUAAUACAAAUUUUCCAUUUUUUUUCGAAACAAAUAUUUCGGAAAUAGAUAAAUAUUGUCAACAUUUAUCAUCAUAUUAUUAUGGAUAUAUUCAAAUAUAUUCAAAACGAAAACAUUACCAAAAUGUUCUCAAAGAUAUUGAUAAGAAAAAACAACAAAUAGAUACUGUUAAACAAGAAUCGCAUGAAAAUGAUACUUGUCUUGCUGAAAUACUUGUUAGUUUACCGAAAGUAUCUAAAGAAGUUCGAAUACCUAUUGAGAAAACAUUGUCGACAUUUACUGGUGAAGGUAUUUUAACUUCAUCACUCUUUCGUGAUAUGUCAGCAAGUUUAGUAGGUGAUGAAUGGCGAUGGUUAGCUAGUUGUUUAGGUAUGACAAAUAUACGUAUUGAAGCUAUUGAACAUGAUUAUCAUAAUGAUGCUCCAUAUUAUAUGUUACUUACAUGGUUUAAACGUGUUCCACGUUCAUCUGAUAAACUUUUAACAUUAACUCAUGCUUUAGUAAGUAUAAAUCGAUGGGAUUUAGCUCAAGAAUUACAAACAAUUAAAGAUGAACAACGUCAUGAACAACGAACACUUUCAAAAGAGCAACAAUUAAAAUUAUUUCGAACACCAUUUAAUCGUAUUUGCCAACGUGAUGAAUGUAUUCGAAUAUGGAAACAAUUAGCGAGAGAAUUAAUGUUAAAUAAUGAAGAAAUACAACGUAUUGAAGGACAAUAUCCAUCUAAACAUGAAAGAUGUUUAAGAAGUUUAGAACAUUGGGCUUUAAAUCAAACAUUAGUAGAUAUUCCAUCUUUAGCUAGAAUUAUUAGAACGCUUGGAUUCAAGUCUCUUGCACGUGAAAUUGAAAAUAUGGCAUAA